UGCUUGGAUGAACGCAAUAAAAACAAAAAAUCUCAACAAAGUGUUUUGUUUAUACAAGAAUCAAUUUUGAGUUUAUUAAUUUAAAAAUUAUGAAGUGGUUUUGGUCAUCUGUUUUAAUUAUUUGUGCAGUAUUAAGUGCCGCAAAUGCAUACAAAAUUCUUGGAAUUUCUCCAACAAUGGCAAGAUCGCACUUUUUUGUAGGAAAUGCUCUCUACAAGGGAUUAGCUGAAAAAGGUCACGAAGUCACAGUGAUAUCACCAUUUCCAUUGAAGAAACCAACCAAGAACUAUCGGGAUAUUCCUUCUACUAAUAUUAUACAACUUUCAAAAGAAAGCAAAAGUAAUCCUUUGCAAAUGCGGGACAUGAACGUUAUUGAUCAAAUAUUGUCAAUUUAUGACCUCGGGUAUGUCAUCACAAACAGUACUUUGUCAGAACCUUCGGUGCAAAAGUUGAUGGCAUCAGGAGAGAAGUUUGACGCAGUUAUUUGUGAAGUUUUUCUUUCUGAAGCUCUCUUCGGUCUAGCUGAACAUUUUGAAGCUCCUUUAAUUGGAUUAGGAACGUUCGGUGCAACUUUAUGGAAUACAGAUUUAGUAGGCAGUCCCUCACCGUUAUCCUAUGUACCAAAUACUUUCCUGCCACUUACAACCAAAAUGACCCUUGCUGAACGAAUUUUAAACUUGGCAGUUAUUACCGUCGAAACUGUAGCUUAUUACACUUACUACAUGCCUCAGCAAAGACAGCUUUUCAACAAAUAUUUUCCAAAUUCAAAAGCGGGACUCGAUAACAUUCGCAAGGACACCGCUCUUGUAUUAUUGAACGCCCACGUUUCACUCAGCUUCCCAAGACCAUAUCAGCCGAAUAUGAUUGAAGUUGGAGGAAUUCAUAUCACCAAUAAGCCAAAGGCACUUCCAGCAGAAAUGCAAAAAUUCCUGGACGAAGCCAAGGAUGGUGUUAUCUACUUUUCAAUGGGUUCGAACUUGAAAAGCAGCCUGAUUCCAGUCGAAAAACGUGACGCUAUCCUUCGCACGUUCAAAUCUCUUAAACAAAAGGUCAUGUGGAAGUUUGAAGAAACUAAUUUGCCUGGAAAGAGUGACAACGUGUACAUCAAUGAUUGGUUUCCCCAAGAAGACAUUUUGUCUCACCCGAAUGUAAAAUUAUUUAUCACCCAUGGAGGUUUACUCAGUACAACUGAAUCGAUCUUUUAUGGAAAACCAUUUGUUGGAAUUCCAAUGUUCGGUGAUCAGUUCUUGAAUAUGGCUCGUGCAGAGGCAAUUGGCUAUGGAGUGACGGUUGACUACAACGAACUAACUGAAGAACUCUUUUCAGCUGCUAUUAAUAAGGUUAUAAAAGACUCUAAAUACGAAAAGCUUGCAAAAUCAAUGUCAGAAAGGUUUCGAGAUCAACCAAUGAAACCCCUUGACUUGGCAGUUUAUUGGGUUGAAUAUGUAGCCAGACAUAAAGGUGCUCCACAUCUUCACUCUGCCGGACAGGAUCUUGGCUUCAUUCAAUAUCACAAUAUUGAUGCCAUUGGUAUUCUUUUUGGAGGUAUCUUGUUGGUUUUGAUUGGAAUACAUGUUGUGAUCUUUAAAGUUGCAAUUCGUUCCUUUUUCAAAAGCCAACAGAAAGUGAAAACAAAUUAGAAACCCUUAAGGUUUAUCCACGGAAAGAAAUACUCUCCAAGCCGAUAUCAUAAUCAAUACAUUGUUAUUAUUUAUAGUUAAUGUAUGUACUGUACAUAUAUGCUUAAUUUAUAUAAAAAGUAGCUGACCCGAUACUCGAUAAUUUCUAGAAAACAUUUUGCUAGAAAUAAAUAACUUAUGCCAAAAUAUUAAAACAACAAAUGAAC